CACACACUGCAGCUACUCUGUUUAUUAUCUAUCCUGAUUGCCUAGCACAUUGACUCAGUACCGGUGCUCCUUGUACUGUAUAUAUCCUUGUUAUUUUAUUGUGUUUCUAUUUCCUUUUUAUUUUGUAUAAUUGUCAUUUUCAAUCUGCAUUGUUGGGAAAGGGCUCUUAAGUAAGCAUUUCAUGGUAAAGUCUACACCUGUUGUAUUUGGAGCAUGUGACAGACAUUUGUUUUGAUUCCAUGCCUCAAUUUAUGACGCUCUGAAAUAAGCACUUUAUUUGGUCUUUUGAUUUUGCUCAAUAUUAUUCUCAGAAGAAAUCAAAGAUGACUGAUGUCAGAUUGACAAGGGAUCCGACUGAGAGCAAACUGUCCAUAUGUACCAAUGGGCUAUUUGUUUGUCAGCAAAUGAGAGACAUGGGAUGGCACCAAACGUAUCUCUGGCGAAGAGCGUUGAUGAGGUGAGAGAAGCGCUCUGAGACGAAGCACGCACGCGAGGGGCAGGUUAAGUAACGUCACCGUUGUUAUCAUGUUUUGGAUCGAGAAUAAACUGCAACUGAUACUGCAAAUGUCAAUCGCCUCCUGGUAACCAGAUAUGACGUCAUAAGUAAUUUAUCUUGAUCGAUUCAUCUUACUUCGCUUUGAUUUUUUUCUCAAUUUAUGAGCGACUUUGUUGGAUCCCACAGAUGGCGAGAGGCACCCUCCGCUGGGUUUGAUAUGGGAAUGGGAUUUACGUCAGCGAAGAUUCUAAUAUUUUGUGCAUGUAUUACAUUAGUGUCCUUGGCUGUGACAAGAGUCUCAGCGGCAGAUGUGAAGUGUAAGAAUAUUUACAGGGACUUCUCUGACUGUGUUCUGGAGCUGGGGGAGAGCAUGGAUAACUACCAGGAGAAUGUGACCAACGAGAUGGGAGUGGAAGCUGUGUGUAGCCACUGGGAGGCGUUCCACACGUGUGCCCUGACGGCACUGUCCGGAUGUCAGGAGGAGGUGGGCUCCAUCUGGGAGACGCUAAGAGAAGAGUCCAGGAAGAUCCGCUUCCAGGGCAGCCUCUUCGACCUGUGCAGCCCGAGCUCGGCCCCAAGCCUGCGCUCGCCUCUACCCCUGCUGUUCCUGGGCUUGCUGAUCCUGGGAGGGCCCAUCUGGCCCCCCACAUAGGUGAGGGAUGCCUCUCUCCUCCUCCUCGCUUCCACCACCAUGCGCUCUCACAUUCCCCGAGGUGGGGUGAGUAGCGAGACGAUCAGUGAGUAGAGAGGGGAUAUGGAUUGAAGAUUAGGUUAGCACACAGAGCCAUGUCUCUAUGGAGACACCAUUGAUAUCUAUAGUACUGGGUAAUCAGAAGGCUAUGAUGUCACAGAGCCAUUUAUGUCUAUGGAGAGAUUAAUGGAUACUUAUGGCUCUGGGUUACCAUAGAUGUCACCAUAGAUAUCUUUGGCACUAAGUAAUUAUAGGGUUAUGUUAUCAGGGCCUAAGAUGUUAAUGUCAUCAAUAUCUAGGAGUCUGGAUAAACAUACAUACCCAAGACCCAAGCAAUUGUAAUGAAAUUACCUACUACAGUAUACGCCUAUGAAAAAAAGCCAUUUUAAAGCAAUUGGUCGGUUUUGUUGACAAUCAGGUGAAUUCUUUAUAAACAAUGACCUUUUGACCCCUACACACCAGCCCCAAAUGGUUGGAGUUGCAUGGCUGCUAUAAUGACACCAAAAGGGUAUUUUCUAUAUUUUUGCUCUGUUAAACCGUUUCUUUGGUCAUCCUGUUAGACAGUAGGUGCUGUUAAAUUCAGGUAAUGCUCUUAACUGAAAAUAUUGUAAAAAAUUAUUGUUAGUAAUUGUGGAUGAAGGACAACAGUCUAGUUAGUUUCUCUCUUGCCAACUAGUUAUUGUACCUGAAAAUUAUCCCUGGUUAUGUGAGAAUGUUCAGCGUUGUUUUAUGAACCUGUGUCUUGUAUGGAAGUCCAAGUUUUUGGCUGUUAAUUCAAUUUAUAUCAUUGACUCCACAACUAUAUACAAUUGUACACAGUUUCUCUUCCAAGCACAUUCACCCUUACAGAAAACGCACAGCAUACUGAGUAGAAAUAAAGAUGAGGUAAUGCCACAAAUAUGAACUUUAUUAUGGAAGCUAAAAUAUAUAGGACUUAAGUCAUAGAAUUAUCCUAUGGCACCACCCUGCAUUGUUAGGGCUAAUGUCUCAAUGCAUUACAAUAUUUGAUUUUGUCAACAGUUGUAAUAUUAUAUCAAACUGAAAACUGAGUAAAUAUAAAUAUAAAAUCUAAGUAAUUUGUAGUUUUAUAGCAACAUGUGGUGUUAUUGUAUAGCUUCUCCGUUGCUACUCUGACUGAAUAGGCAAUGAGGGGUGAAUCCUGAUUUAGGAAUUUAUUCCUAUCCUACACACUUCUCAGUAUAUCCAGACUUACCUUAUUGAGUCGCGUAAUGCGCUCUGCAGGUGUGGCUACCUUGCGCACUCUGAAUAAAUGUAAAACCCUCCCACUUGCUGGCCACCAUAUUUUCUAGAGUUUUCAUUCGAUGGUAUUUUCAGUUCAUUUAUCUUAAGCCAUCCCAUUAAAUACAGUGUAACUUAAUUUUUUAAAUGUCACCUUUAUUUUAACCAUAGGCCAGUUGAGAACAAGUUCUCAUUUACAACUGCAACCUGGCCAAGAUAAAGCAAAGCAGUGUGACAAAAACAACACAUGGAAUAAACAAACGUACAUUCAAUAACACAAUAGAAAUAUCAGUAUACAGUGUGUGCAAAUUAAGUAAGGAGGCAAGGAAAUAAAUAGGCCAAUAGUGGCGAAGUACUAACAAUUUAGCAUUUUACACUGGAGUGAUAUGUGCAGAUGAGGAUGUGCAAGUAGAAAUACUGGUGUGCAAAAGAGCAGAAAAACAAAAACAAAUAUGGGGAUGAGGUAGGUAGUUGGUUGGAUGGGCUAUUUAAGAUGGGCUAUGUACAGCUGCAGCAAUUGGUAAGCUGCUCUGACAACUGAAGCUUAAAGUUAGUGAGGGUGAUAUAAGUCUCCAAUUUCAGUGAUUUUUUUCAAUUCGUUCCAGUCAUUGGCAGCAGAGAACUGUAAGGAAAGGCAGCCAUUUGAGGUGUUGGCUUUGGGGAUGACCAGUGGAAUAUACGUGCUGGAGCGUGUGCUACAGGUGGGUGUUGCUAUGGUGACCAGUGAGCUGAGAUAAGGCAGAGCUUUACCUAGCAAAGACUUGUAGAUGACCUAGAGCCAGUGGGUUUGGCGACAAAUAUGUAGCGAGGACCAGCCAACGAGAGCAUACAGGCCGCUGUGGUGGGUAGUAUAUGGGGCUUUGGUGACAAAAAGGAUGGCACUGUGAUAGACUGCAUCCAAUUUGCUGAGUAGAGUGUUGGAGGCUAUUUUGUAAAUGACAUCGCCGAAGUCAAGGAUUGGUAGGAUAGUCAGUUUUACAAGGGUAUGUUUGGCAGCUUGAGUGAAGGAGGCAGUCUUGCCAGACACCUAGGUAUGUAUAGUUGUCCACAUAUUCUAAGUCAGAACCGUACAGAGUAGUGAUGCUAGUCGGGCAGGCCGGUACGGGCAGCGAUCGGUUGAAGAGCAUGCAUUUCGUUUUACUAGUAUUUAAGAGCAGUUGGAGGCCACGGAAGGAGUGUUGUAAGGCAUUGAAGCUCGUUUGGAGGUUUUUAACACAGUGUCCAAAGACAAAUAUAGUUAGAAGAUAGUCGACAGACUUAAUAGAAUACAUAGAGAGAACGGGGUCAGAAUAUAGGGAUUAAUGAAAGAAAGCCAUCUAUGCAUAUUCGUCUUUGUUUCAGCAACAAAUGUUAGAUUUAAAAAUACUCUGAUCUUGUAGAUUAUUUAGGCACAUUUCUGGGGUAGGAAAGUAUAUAUGAAUUAAAACGAAUUACGGUUUGGAGAAGCUUUACGCACAAAAUAUACUGAUGAAUAAAAAAUACAAUGGUUCGAGUCAAACUGAAAGCUGUCAUAUUCAAGUUCAAUCCAUAAAAUAUUGGAAGGUGGAAAAAAAAAAGAGUACAAGAGGUUGAACAAUAAUCCUAUAAAUCUACUCUAAUUCCCACUAAUCAUGGAACUGUAUGACAACAGUCCAGUCGUGUGUUCUUAGUUCCAUAAUGAUUCAAAUAGGCUACAUGUCCCAACUUAUUGCACAACGUUAGCCGAAUAUGAUCCACUAAUGCUAGCAACCCUCAGGAACAAUUUACAAGGACAUGACAGAGGAAAGAAAGGUAAACGGAAUAGAAUGAAAUGAUGCAAAAAUGAAUGUAUGUGGGUAUUACUGACGGUGGCUCGAGAUAGUAGCUAAUAUUCAAUGUUUAAUUGUAAAAUAAGACAGAGAAAAGCCUGUGCAUAUAAUCAAAACAUUCUAAAGAGCAUACAUCAACUUGGCAGGUUCAGCCCUACAGAAGCCUACAAAUUUCAUCAAUGCAAAUUAUGAGGGCACACAAUUACAAUUCUGAAUAAUGACACAGCAAUUUUUGUUUUCUAUUUCACUGUGUUAAAGGGGCAAAAAAAUACAUGUCAUGUUGAUAUGAUUUUCAGUUUGCUUCUAUAUGCCUGGUGUCACAUUUGUCUCCAGGGAUCAUAAGAAAAUAUUAUCUAAAACAACUGCCAUGUUUAUUUACAAUUCUCCAAACGGAAUACUCAUUUACCUAGCUCUUAUUAAUAGCUCUUAUCAAUAUAUAAAUUACAGUGCAUGGAGAAUGCUGUUAUUUAAAUUAGAAAAAAAAAAGCACAUGCUUUUUCCACUUGGAACUGUCAGGCUAGCUUGACCUUAUUCAUGGUUUCCCUGCAAGUUAAAAUGGCGGAAUUAUGAGGGGAAUUAAAUCAAGGUCAAAAUACGAUGUGUCCGUAGACACAACUCCACCACACCUUCAUUUAUUCCACCUCAAACGAAUAGCAGGUGAAUAUCAUGCUAUUCUCAAGCUUAAAUUCAAGGUCAUAAUAUGUAUAGAGAGAAAAGCGCAUAAAAAGGUAAUUACCUUCCAUUUACACACGCUUAACUUGGGUUGGAAUCGGGGCCUUAGUACUAAGAUUUUUGUGCAAAUCUCUCAUUGAUAAGAAUGCAUGAUUUACACCUAAACUAAAGCUACAUCCACAUCCAUGUAUCUCAAAUUAGGAUUUGACCCAGAGAGAGCAUGUCAAAUAUUCACACUGCUUCAGCCAACAUAGGACAGUCUUCUUGUUUUCUUUUGUACCCUCCCAACAGUACCUAUAGUAUGAAUGGAUCUCUCUCUGCAUGGUUGUGUCUAGAUAUUAGGUUAUAUAUUCAGUUGAAAAUACAUUCCCAAGAGACAUCCUAUAUCCUCUAUCAGCAUGUUUGUACUGGUUGUCCUCCACACCUAGUCUGUGCUUCUGAUUGUGGUAGCAUUCUGUCACCCAAUCUGUGUGCCUGGUGGCAAGAGUCCACAUUUGUUUAUUUUUUUAACAGAAUUGUGCUAUUCACAAAGCAUGAGCAAUAUGUAUGGGAAACACUUGAGGUACCAACUACUUUCCUUUUCUGUGAGAUUGGCAGUUCACGAAAGCAUGAACAAUAUCACAUUUUUAAAGGGAGAUAUCAUAAACACUAAGCAUAUUAUGUAUGACUGAUUAUUGAAAUAAUUACUGCAUGGAAAAAUAGGCCUACAUCAGGAAACACUAAGAAUUCAAAAUGUAUGUGGUUUUUCAGUGAUACAAACUACAGAGUACAUUAAGUAUUUUAUUAAGUAUUGUGUUGCAAAGUAAUGUGUUUGAAAUAAUAAAGUAUCAAGUUUGAAAA